GUUCUUUAUAGUUAUUAAACUUUGUACAUGUUUAAAAACUUAUAUAAACCAACAUGUGGUACAUUCUGGGAAAUUAGCGCUAAACAUGAAUUUCAAUUUUCUAAUAUCAAUAUGUAAGAAGAAUUGGCGAUGCAUGCGACGAUGGAUCACGCGACUCGCAAAUAUGCUUGCGCACAGUCACAAAAUAAAUCGUCAAGUGCGAUUCAUCAUGAUAAUAGAGAACAAUAUGUAAUCGAUAUAGGCAAGAGAUUUUUUCGCGUCAAGAAUAUGAGCUUGAAAUAAACAAAAACAGAGUUAUUCAGUUGUUUCUAAAUAUUAAAGCAACUGUGGCUAUAAAUUUUAACCGUUACUAUUAAGGCAUUAUUUUAUUCCAAAAAAAUUAGGGAAAACCGAGAUUGAAAGGUAAAGAUCCUUGCACAAAGCAAAAAAAUAGCAAUACGAAUAACGAUAGAAAUGUUCAACCAAUCAAAAACUGCGGAAAAUAUCAGCGAACCAAUCAAGAGCUGUGAAAUCAAUAUCUGUAUUUAUUCUCUAUCGCUAUCUCUAUUCUCUCGCGUUGAAUAAGGACCUUAAAUUAACAGGGAUUUGCAGUGUUGAUAGACAGGUCGAGUUAUUUUGCGCAUGUGCGACGGGAGAGCAAGGAAAACAGUAGUGUAGCUAUAUAGCAAAAACGGGCGCGAAUAAAGUUUCGGUGGAUUCGUCGUAAAAUAGAGUAGACUAGGUUAAGGUAAGUAUAUAUUAUUUAUUUUAUUAUGGAUUUAAAUGAAAAACGAGCAGUAAAGAAACGUAAUGUUAAAGAAUUCUUUGUAAGCGAAUCUCUCUUUUACUAUUAGGACCUUAACUUAUUAUACUAUUGGGUACUUUACUGAAGCCUCACUGAACGCGCAUGUGUGCAAUAAUCCGGACUGUCCAACAACACUUUUAGUGUGAUGUACGCUGUGUGUGGCGUAUUUGCACAUCCUAUAAAAGAGGACAGGAUAAGAUACGAAGAUGGUUAGUUGCAAAUGUUUCAUGAAAUGUCUUCUGUUUAUUGUAAACCUUGUUAUCCUCAUUUUCGGAACUCUCGUAAUUAUUGGAAGUGUGUUCUAUCUGAAUGGUGCUAUGGAUAGAACAAGCACGCCAUUAUGGAUAAAACAAACAGGAUACACAAAUUUAGAUGUCGUAUUUAUCGCUUCACUAGGAAUCCUCAUAAUAUCUAUCGCCAUCUUCGGAAUCGUUGCUGCCUUGCGGGAAGUCGAAUGUAUGAUCUUGACAUCAAUGGAAACAAAGGAUAUGCGAAUCAAACCCGGUAGUUGGUGCGUCAAUAAUACAUACGGUAUAAUCAUGUCUCUAUCGGUUAUGAUUGCGAUAAUUGUCAACGCCUUACAAUACAAUUACAACAAGGAAAAGAUAGAAUUCAAGCAAAAGAUGAAAAAUAAUAAGCUGCAAUUUUACUAUGAUGAUAAUAUUAUUCGCAACUUCUGGGACGUCACGCAAUCGACGUACCAGUGUUGCGGCGUUAAUAACUGGGAGGAUUGGAAAACACAUGGUCUUGAAGUACCAGACAGCUGUUGUAAAUUGGACCAGCUAGUGGACUGCAUCAUCAACAGGUACACCGAAAAUGUUUUCAAAGCUUAUGAAGAAGGUUGCAUAACCAAAGCACCGCGUCUCAUGCAGCAUUAUGAAAACGUUGCAAAUAUUUCUAGAAUUAUAUUCAUAAAUCUCAUGUUCUUGGGAAUGAAAUUCUCUUUUGCGCUUUACGGAACGAUCAAACGACAACAAAAUAUAGUCUUCCUAAUAAAAAGGGUCGAGAAAGUAGUGGAUCUCCAAAAUCUUUAGAAGAUUCGAGCAGCUUUACCAAUCAGUGAAAUUACUUAUCGCCAUAAACGCGGUUAAUCGCAUCAUGAUUAUAAAAAAAAGAAACAAAUUUCUAUUCGGUUGUUUAUGCAAGUUUCGCUAAUUUAUAACACACACAAUAUUAUGCACCAUAAUACUUUACAUUUUUAUGUAAUUUAUAUGUUGAAGAUAUUUUAAUUUAAUUGCGUAUUACAUCAUUUCCAGAUACCAAAGCCUGCAGAGACAGAUUUUGAGCAGAGCAUGCUACUGAUUUUUGGUAGCAGAAAGGUGUUGUGCGGCUAGCCUACAUCAUACAAAAAGAUGCGAGUCUGACCCUCGGCUGGCGUACGGCUAGUGCACGAGUCGAGCCCAAGCUCGAAGACGCCUGGAUAGUGAGGACCCGAGAGGGACUCAAGAGACGGAUGAAGAGUCCGAUUGAAUUGAAGAAUAUGUAUAUUUGUGUACAAUUGCUUCGGUUUCUCCGUUGUUACAGCUCUUGAUGUAGGCUACAGCGAUGUUCGUAUGCGUACUGUGUAUUGCUAUGUUUGGUGUCGCGAUGCUUCGUCGUAAGAUGACAGUACUACUAUGCGAGGUAUUCCAAUGCUUCGUGCAUUGACAGCUAGUAUAACUUCUUAAUGUGCUCUCCAUCACUUGAGUGUCGAGCGACGCUUUUUAUAUGUAAUGAUUGCGCUAAGACGCUGCUUGGCGCAAUUGUUUUUCUUCUAAGUUAGCGUUUUCAAUUCAUUUAGGACGUGAUGAUUCGUUAGAUUUUCGGGUUUUUGGGUUUGCCUUGCAUUGUGAAAAUGUUUUACAUUCAAUUUUUGUGACACGAUAACCUAAUUCCGGUUAUCAUGCACUGUAUUAUUGCUAGGCGAUAACGAAGACAACAAAUUACACACGAGCACCGAAAGAAAAAUUAUGAUUAAAAUUAAGAAAUUUUUUCUUUAAACAUAUUUUUUCAAGUUGAAGUAAAACUUUUGAGAAAAAUAAAAAUUUAUUUGAUUUCAAGAAAUGACGUUAUUAGC